CAUAUACAAAUGAGAGCAAAACUGCUAGAGAAAUGGGGGAAUCACCACCAUUCUUGAUCAUUAUUGUUGUUACUGUUUUGGUGUUGAUGAUGACCCAAUUUUCAUAUGCAGUACUUUACACGAAUUCAAGGUGGAUAGUGAAUGAGGGAGGUCAGAGGGUGAAGUUGUCAUGCGUGAACUGGGUGAGUCAUUUAGAAGUCAUGGUGGCGGAAGGACUAAGCAAGCAGCCAGUUGACACCAUUUCAAAAUCCAUUACGAACAUGGGUUUUAAUUGUGUUAGGCUUACUUGGCCUCUUUUCUUGUUUACUAAUGAUUCUUUGGUUUCCUUAACUGUACGUCAGUCCUUUAAUAACCUUGGCCUUGUUGAGUCCAUUGCUGGACUUCAAGCUAACAAUCCUUCCAUACUCGAUCUAUCCGUUCUCCAGGCUUACCAGGCAGUGGUGGCUAGUCUGGGAAAUAACAAUGUGAUGGUCAUACUAGACAAUCACAUCAGCAAGCCUGGUUGGUGCUGCAGCAACUUCGAUGGAAAUGGCUUCUUCGGCGAUCAAUACUUCAAUCCUGAUCUUUGGGUGCAGGGCCUUACCAAGGUUGCCACCACUUUCAACAACGUUACGAAUGUCGUUGGUAUGAGCUUAAGAAAUGAACUUCGAGGGCCUAGACAGAAUGUUAACGACUGGUACAGGUACAUGCAGAAAGGGGCUGAAGCGGUGCAUGCAGCUAACCCUGAUGUUCUUGUCAUUCUCUCUGGCCUAUAUUUCGAUAAGGAUCUUUCUUUCCUGAGCAAGAGACCACUUAACUUGACUUUCUCUGGAAAGCUUGUCUUUGAGAUUCAUCGAUACAGUUUCACGGAUACAAAAUCUUGGGAAACAGGCAACCCCAAUCAAGUUUGUGGACAAAUAGUGAAUGACAUAAUGAGCAAAGGUGGUUUUCUGUUAGGCCAAGGCUAUCCAUUGUUUGUGAGUGAGUUUGGGGUGGAUCAAAGAGGCAUCAAUGUAAAUGACAAUAGGUAUUUCAAUUGUUUCCUUGGGCUAGCAGCUGAACUUGACUUUGAUUGGGCACUGUGGACACUUGUUGGAAGCUAUUAUUUGAGAGAAGGGGUUGUUGGACUCAAUGAGUUCUAUGGGGUUUUGGAUUGGAAUUGGUGUGAACCUAGAAACUCAAGCUUCCUGCAAAGGAUCUCAGCCGUCCAAUCUCCUUUCCAAGGGCCAGGAUAUAACGAGUCUCGCUCCCACAAAUUAAUCUUCCAUCCAAUGACAGGGCUUUGUGUUAGAAGAAUUUCAUUGCUGCAGCCAUUGGAGCUCGGUCCAUGCUCUGAGGCCGACCCGUGGGACUAUGCUCCAACGAAAACGCUGACAUUAACAGGAACUUACUUUUGCCUACAAGCAGAUAAGUCUGGGCAGGCAGCAAAACUUGGCAUAAUGUGCACCAACUCCAACUCGAAGUGGCAAGCUAUCUCUGACUCCAAGAUGCACCUAUCUUCUAAGCUACAAGAUGGCACUAGUCUUUGUUUAGAUGUUGAUUCCAAAAAUGUUAUAUUCACAAACACUUGCAAAUGCUUGAGCAAAGAUAAAUCUUGUGACCCCGCAAGCCAAUGGUUCAAAAUCAUUGAUAGCACCAGGCAACAAAAAACUACAAAAUCCUUUCUCCAGAGGAAGCAAAUCAUUCAAUUUCUAGGAAGUACUUUAAGCCAUAUCUUGUAAGUGCUACAGUAGAUGGAUAGUUCAUUUAGACACAGAAUGAAAUUUAUUUUUCACGCACUUCAUAAAAUCAUAUUCAUGGAAACUGUACGUGUAACAAAGAAAUAAAAAUAGAUAAGUCACUGAAUAUAAGUUAUUCAUCCA